CGUCUUUUUUUUCAGUGAAAUGAAAUGGCUAUCUCCUGAGAUAUUCUGGACCACAAUCAGAAGUAAAUCAGUGCCGUGGGGUUUCUAGGUUUCCCAUCAUUUCGGGAUUUACCCUCAUUGGAAGUCUUGGUUACUUGAACGGUUCUCUGCCAUCAUGCAUCAUACUUCACCCUGUUUCCAUUGGUCGUUUACAUGUCGAAGUGCGGCCUCCGGACCCGUACUCACUGUUUCAAGUCAAGGCGAUCUUCACGACCCUGCGCUGCGCCUGAUAAUGCUCAUGUUGAGAUUCAAAUCUCAACCCACACGCCGGCCUAACAAGAGCGGGCUAUGAGGAUCUUCAUCCGAGCUGCCUCCAUCUCCUCCUGCAAUUGUUUAUGUACUAGGGCUUCCCCUUCCGACGGUUUCACCUCAACUUCCCCUUCUUCCAAACUUCUCUUUCAGAAUGCCUAACGGGCCAACCCCGUUCACGUACGAGGAAGUGCUCACGGUCCUAAACGCUGUUCAAGUCGGGCGACGUGUGAUCGUGGCCGUAUACGUUCUCCAGGUCUAUGAAUGGCUGAUAUGCUGGAGAGACGAAGUCGAACUAAUAUGGUCAUCCUCGUGGAACUCGAUGAGAAUACUAUUCACGAUAUGUCGAUACUUUCCGCUCUUGUUCUAUCCGUUCUAUCUGUGGGCAUGGAUCCCGUCGCAUAGCAAAGAACUUUGUGAAAAGCUAAUAUGCCCGUUAUACGGAUUUUGCUCAGUUUUUCAAUUAUCAGCUCAAGCGGUGAUCCUGAUACGAUCUUAUGCCUUCAGCGGCCAGUACCUGUGCAUCUUGAUACUCUUAUGUACAUGCUGGAUUGGAUUGGCGGGCGCAGAUAUCUGGAUGUUUUUCACUCAAUUCAUUCUUGUCGACCUUACAUUCUCCAUAAGCGGAAGCCGGUCAAGUUGUUUUGGCAACGACCGACAUUCAGAAGCCUCCUACGACAGCGGGCUAUUCGCAACACCGGUCGGCACUGUUAUGCUGAUCUCUUUCGGAUUUGAUACAUUGAUGAUGGUACUUUGUAUCGUGCAUUGCCUACGCACGCGGAGUGCUCAAGGACCAUUGGGAAGAGCAUUCUUAAAGCAAGGUAUUGCGGCGUUUCUUGUCAUCUCUUCCUUAAAUUUCUUCACAGCUAUGUCUUUCUUCGGUCGAUCUUCGUUGACCGGAAUAACACUUCCUUUGACCCUUGUAAUGUCAGAUAUAAUAGCAUGCCGACUGCAAGUCUUGUCCUUAUCGUUUACUAAUAAACCUCACUGAGAACUGUUUAUAGAAUACUCUCCUUACGGCGAAGAGUUAGCCCGACGGAAAGUUUCGAGCUACAAGAACAAUCGCGUUUUGUUACUGAAGCACUUGACCGGCUAAAUGAACAUGAGUCGGAGCCUUCAAGUUCUCGUUGUCCUUGGGACCCAGCCUGAGGCGGAC